AAUUGACCGUUGUUUUCUGCAACAAUAAAAAACUCUGUUUAUUUCUUCCGUAAAUUUCAACAGUUUUUUGUUUGUGGAGUCACACACAAAAUAACCAAUUUCAACCUCAUUCUGAUGCAAAAAAACUAACUAAAAAUGUCCUCUAAAACGACGUCGUUUUCUCUAUUUUCCACCUCAUAUAAAUAACCGCAUUUUCUUCUUCUUCAUGCAAUUCACCGAAACUGAAGAAAAAACAAAAAGAGAGUGAGAAGAGAACCUAUUCUUCUUUCCAGAUUCAACGAAUUUUCUGAUCCAUCGCUUAAUUUCAAACCUAAUUCGCUUUCGAUUCAUUCUCAAAUCCUACACUUCAUGUUAAUUAAUGAUUUAUAUUGAGGUGUGAAAGGCUUGGUAGUCAACAGGGGAAGCUAAUAGCUGGGUCUUAGUUUCACGUGAAAGUGAUUCUUUUGUUGGACAAUGGCUUAUAUUAGUAUAUUGCUGUGAUUUCUACCUUUGCAUUGUAAACUUUUCAUCUUUUACAAUGUGGAAUUUCGCAUCACAUGCCCUUACAAGCAUUAGAAUGAAAAGAAGCUCCACUGAGCCAAUCCUAAGUUGUGCAGAAUGCUCAGAUGAUGAGGUCUGCUCUAAUGCUAGCAGAGAUGAAGGGCUGGAAUGCCCAAUAUGCUGGGAAUCAUUCAAUAUAGUUGAGAAUGUGCCUUAUGUCUUAUGGUGUGGCCACUCCCUAUGUAAAAAUUGUGUCCUGGGACUUCAGUGGGCAGUGGUGAAAUUUCCUACCCAACAACAAAUCAAGAUUCCAUUCUUCAUUACUUGUCCAUGGUGCCACCUACUAUCAUUCCGGUUCAUCUACAAGGGAAAUCUUAAAUUUCCUCGCAAGAAUUUCUUCCUUCUUUGGAUGGUUGAGAGCCUGAAUGGUGAUAGGCAUAAGUCCAUUUCUGCUUCUGUCGACACCCAACCUAAGUUCAACCUUUCGGGAAGUCAAGGUACUAGUUGUAGCCUUAGAAGGCCCUCAAUUAGUCAUAGUUCUGGACAAUUGGGAUCUAAUAAUGCUAAUCGUGUCAGUGUUGGAGAGAGACACUAUUUUUCCCUUCAUAAAUCUCUGGAUUUCUUCCUUCACUUUACAUCCAAGUUCCCAUUGGUCAUCAUUUUCCUUCUGAUAGCCUUUUUUGUAAUUCCCUGCAGUGUUGUUAUCUUAAUCAUUUACUUUCUACUCACUAUUGUUUUUGCUAUCCCAUCAGUCGUCGUAUUGUACUUUGCAUACCCUACAAUCCAAAGAUUGGUUAGAGAAAUAACUUCAUAAAAUGUAGCCUUGCUCCACAGUCAGUUGUGGCAUGUUAAACCAACUUCAACAAAUUCACUAUAUACCCUUUGAUUGAAUGUUCUACCAUGUGGUGCUUCCUUUGUUUCUUUUUGGUUUUCAUAUUUUUGCGAUUUAUUUUCUUCUGUAGUUUUUUGUGCCCCACAUUCAUAUCAAUUUCAAGUUGUGGAUCUUGAGAGGGAUUUUAUUCUUUUGUUGGUUGUAAUUUUUUUUUUCUUCCUGAAGUGAAGUUUAACUAUUGUACAAAGAACUCUUACAUGCUAAAAUUUUAUGUGGAAAAUUACUAUGGUUAUGUGAAUACUUGUAGAAAAUAUGUUUCUUGCUACAUCUCAAUGUCUGGGCUUAAUUUGGAUGUACAUGUUGCAGAGGCAAAUUGCCAGAUGCUUCAUUCUAUUACUAUAGCUUAAAUUUCUAACCUAUUAAGCUCCGCAUUUCUAACCAAAUUACCAGUUGACCUUUAGCGUCUGCCCUGGUUCCUACACCCUAGUCCUUAUGUUUUUCUUCAAGCCUGUUGAAGAGGAGUGGUGACGGUGUAGCCAGUUAGCAGCUUCCAGAAUUCACAGACGCAAGGGAUCAAGUUAGUAGUUUCUAAUUAUUUAUGUUAUAAUUGCUAUUUUAACUUCUUUGUAUGAAAUAAUUUUGGUAUCCCAGCCAUUCUGCUUCUCUAUAUUAUCCCAAAUUUGAAAUUCUUUGUAUGUUUUCGUUGUGGACUCUUGGUGAUGUUAAAUACUAACUUUAAGAAAUUUGUCUUGGCCUCCGAUGGGCGUGGUUUCCUCUCCACCAUUGUUUAAGUGCUAAGUGCUGUAGGUUAAAGCAAUGCAUAUAAGUUUUGCCCAUUAAGGACCAAACUUAUGUAAAAAACUAGGGUUAGCUUGAUUAAACACUAUCACUGAUUUUUUAUAACAUGAUUAACCAUUUUAUUGGAUAAUUUGUCAUGUUUUGAAAAUGAAGUCGACAAUGGAACUGUGUUACCAAAAUAAGAAAAGCCGAACUGAUUUA